AUGCAGAGCAGUCUGUUCGGUUCCAGUUUAGAGGACGUCGAUCUAUUUCUGCAACCGAUUGGAAACGAUAUGCCGUAUCCUGCUUUCACGAGUGUUGAAGAAGCGAAGGACACUCUAGAAGUGCUGUUGCAUCGCAUAGCUUUGAUCAAACAACGAUAUCGAAAAUCAGGAGCUGGAACUGAAGAUGACGUUGUUGCAGUGACAUCGGCACAAGAUGAAAUCACAAGCCAUCUUGCGACUUGGUACGAAAUCUACAAGCGUACGAUUUGUAGGAUCGACAAGAUACUCCUAGCUGCCGGAAAGAAACCCAACGACCCGCUAUCAUUUGGCGCAAAGACACCGCCAACCAAGCUCCCAACAGAUCGCGAGCCAUCAGUAUUCAAAUCAUUACUUAUGCAUCACGCUAUGGCGAGCGUCAUGUGCGGUUGUCUGCGUUCUUACUCCGAACAGCAGUAUGAAGCGUAUACCGAUAUGUUUCUCAUGAUAGUUAUGCAUGCUAUACACAUCUUUGAAGAAUACUCUCUAGCUCGAUCCAUCCCGGAUAACGUCAAUCUCCACGAUUCCAUUGGCGAGUUUGGCUUUAUAGCGCCGUUGUACUUCACGGCUAUCAAGUGUCGACACCAUCGUAUCCGUUUUCACGCUAUACGGCUGCUGCGUGUAAUUCCACUGAAAGAGGCGACAUGGGAUUCUUUCACUGCAGCUAAUAUUGCCGAAACGGUUAUGAAGCUUGAAGAGAAGGAUGAUUAUUAUGCCACAAACGCUGAUAAAGACUUCUCUCUGAACGAUGUGCCUGUCAUGGGAGAUGCUUCUGGCUGGUCUUCGCUGCCGGAACAUAGCAUAUUCCACGACGUGGAGGUAACGACACGAGAAGACCUUGCGAAUGAAGUGGUCGUCACUUGCAAAAGAAGGCGUCUGGAUGGGAGUCCAGAGGUCAUCAUCUUCCACGCCGACAACAGGCCCGCACCUGUUCCGGACAAUAAAAGAUCAUGCCAUCGAUACCCAUGA